UCUUCAGCAAGCUCGAUCAUCAUUUCUUGUUGCAAUUUCGCUUCACUGAGUACUUUCAAGAUGAAACUCUUUCUAAUUCUCACUCUCUUUGUUUAUUCCGUUAGUGCUUCUAGACACACGUAUAUAUCUGCUGAUUUGGAUCCAUUGACCGAUGAAAUUAUUGAUGCAAUCAACGCUUUGAACACAACAUGGAAGGCUGGUGCAAAUUUCCAUGGGUCCAAAAAAAUCAAAAUAGACAAGUUGGUUACCAUUCAAAAUGAAACAUUCAAUGACCAUUUUACCAAUAAAACAUAUCCUACAAAAUUACACGAACAUUUGCCGAAAAGCUUCGAUGCUCGUGUAGUUUGGCCUAACUGCACUUCGAUUGGUAAGGUUUAUGACCAGAAGAAAGGUUAUCCUUCAUGGAUUUAUGCUGCUGUUGGUUCAAUUGCUGAUCGUCUUUGCAUCCAAACUGGAGCGGAAAUUGACGUUGAAGCUACCGUAGAGCAAAUCAUCAGAUCGAACGGUGGUUUCAACAGUAAAUAUAACAGUGCAAACAUUGGUCAAGCUUUUAAUUAUUGGUCUAAAAAAGGAAUUUUCACUGCAAAAUCAUCCAAAGGUUCAAGUUGCUUACCUCUUUCCUCAAAAUGUAACCAAAAUGACUUCAAAUUAGAUAAGUAUUAUAAAGUUACUGUUGAGUCACCAGAUAUAUGGCUUGACAAGAUGAGAGAUAUAAUGGUAAAUGGUCCUUUACCUGCUUACAUGGAAGUUUAUUCAGAUUUUCCCAGCUACAAAUCAGGUGUCUACCAAAGUGUUUCUCACAGAUUCUUAGGAAUGCAUAAUGUUAAACUUAUUGGUUGGGGAGUUGAAAACGGUGUUCAUUAUUGGUUAGUAACUAACUCAUGGGGCACUGAAUGGGGUAAUGAAGGUUUCGCCAGAAUUCGUAUGCAGCGUGCUGAUUUCGAUGAAUCCAUGCCUUCCGUUACAUUCGAGUUGGUAAACACGCCAUCAGAUAUUCCUAAAGCCUACCAACAAGAUCAAUUAUUUUACCUGGCAUAAAUGGUUACAUUACUCGAUCCCUCGUCUUUUUGAAUUUCAAUUUAAAAUGAAAAACUUGAAAACCAUCUUAAGAUUUUACAUAAAGUACAUCAAGUACUGGUUAUUUUUUGUGAAAAUAAAAUUUUAAUUAUCAUUCA